AUGCUCUCCAUCCGUUCCCCUCCAUCCACAGCACAUCCCAUAGACGACACUCUCGCACUUCAUCAUGGCCAUCGAAUUGACCCCCUUCCCCUUCCCCCCUCCGCCGAUGCAAGCAAGUUCAACGAAUUUGGGAGGGAGGUCAAGGGUGUCCACCCUGGCGAGAUGUCAGAUGAACAACUCAAGGAGAUCCAUGAUCUCUUGUACAAGCACAGCGUGCUCCUUUUCCGGGACGUGGAACUCACUCCCGAGCAGCAAUACGCUUUGACCAAGGCCUUCGAUCCGUCCUCUGAGAACUAUGGGCACGGGAACAACAAGACCGAAGCCGACAAGAAGUCCAUCCUCCACCCCGACCUCAAGACCAUCCCCCGCGUGCCCCAGGUACAACUCAUCGGCAACGGCACCGUCUACAACCACGAGGGGCUCGCCGAGGCCAAGCUCAAGCACCCCUCGCACAUCACCUUCCACAAGACGCGCGUUUCCGAGGAAGACACUGAGAAAGGCUUCACGCGCUUCUACCGUUGGCACAUCGACGCCGCGCUCUACAACCUCAGCCCGCCGCGCGUGACGACGCUGUACGGCAAGAUCGUGCCCAAGGGCCCGCACCAGACCGUGCGCUACGACGACGGCACCGGCGACGAGCUCGAGGUCCCCCUCGGCACGACCGCGUUCGUCAGCGGCCGGACGAUGUUCAACCUCCUGCCCCCCGAGCUCAAGAGCGUCGUCGUCCGCGCCCGCGUCAAGUACAACCCGCACCCGUACGUGUGGAUGGCUCCCGCGCACGCGCUCCCCACCGGGCUCGGCAUCAUGUCCGAGGGCCUCGAAAUGCCGAACGACGACCUCCCGCCCUGGGAGGAGGCCAAGAUCAAGGUCUAUCCGAUCCUGUGGAAGAACCCCGUCACGGGCGAGCUGCACUUCCAGGUCCACCCGUGCGGUGUGCGCGAGCUCUUCAUCGAUCCGCUCCCGGCAGGCGCCUCGCGCGACGGCGCGCUCUAUCCCGACGGCGCCCACCUGACGGACCUGAAGGAGGUCCGGGACCUGCUGUACAAGAUGCAGCGCCCUGCGAUCGCGCCCUCGAUGGUCUACCCCCACGACUGGCGCGAGAACGACUUGGUGCUGUUCCACAACCGCGGCGUGCUCCACUCGGUCGUCGGCGCGUUCAAGCCGGACCAGGUCCGCGCGUUCCACCAGUGCAACCUCGCUGCGUCCGACGAGCCGGUGGGGCCUACCGCCGAGGACGUGGCCCAGUACGCGUGA